AUGGGGGUAAAUAAUGAAGAAUUGACCUUGUCUGAUGAGGAGCUGAUGACUGAUGAUGAAAUGGAUGAUCUUGACAAAGAAGUGUCUGAAUCUGGGUCGGAAUUGGAGGAUGAAGAUAUGAAGUUGCCUGAACCAUCUAAAAAUGCUAUAUUCAAUAGAGAUGGUAUUGCUGAUAAACUUCAAGAUAUUAGUUGGCCUGAGAAUGUUGGGUGGAUUCACAAGCUUGUGAUUGACUUUGAUCAAGAGCAAGAGGUGGACGUGAAUGAUGACCUGACUAGAGAGCUUGCUUUCUACACGCAAGCCUUAGAGGGAACAAGGCAGGCAUACGCUGAGCUGGAGUCUAUGGGGAUUCCUUUUCUAAGGCCUCCUGAUUAUUAUGCAGAGAUGGUGAAGUCAGAUACUCACAUGGAGAAAGUGAAGGGCCGGCUUUUGGCAGAGAAGAGAAGCAUUGAGGAGGCUGAGGAGAGAAGGAAAGCUAGAGAAUCUAAGAAACUAGCUAAAGAGGUUCAGCUCAAGAAGCAGAAAGAGAGAAAUGCACAGAAAAAGACAGCGAUAGAGACCGUUAAGAACUGGAGGAAACAGAGAAAACAAAGUGGGUUUGCUGGAGGCGACAAGGAUGGUGAGUUGGAUAUGCCCUUUGAAGAUGGAAAAGUUUUUGAAAGGUCGAACAAGAAGAGGCCAGGGGUGUCUCCAGGAGAUCGGUCUGGAGGGAAGGGGAGACAACCUUGGAAGGGGAAGAAUGGACCAGAAAAGAAAAAAUCAAAGAGGGAAUCAAGGGAUUCCAAAUUUGGAUUUGGAGGGAGGAAAGGUUUAAAGAAGCAGAACACUGCCGACUCCACUGAUGGCUUCAAACGCUUCAACAAAGGCAGUGCCACAGGAAAUAACAAAAGGAAAAGGUGA